UCUCUCUCUCUCUCUUUCUCUCUCUAACUCUCUCUCUCUCUCUCUCUUUCUCUCUCUCUCUCUCUCUCUCCAUCUAUUGUAUACAUCCAUCUGGAGGUCGCAUCAGCACCACCCCCAGUUCGAGGGAGGCGUGCCCGCGAAGCGAGGACCCGCGUGCCGACCGCACGUCGGAGAUCUCAGGCCUGUCGGCUCGUUCCUCUCUCUCCUGCACGCCCCCCCCCGAGGCCCUCCUCAAAGCCACGCCCUCCCUCCGGGGAAGCCCUGCGGGCGUGGCCCCCUCCCGCGGCUGCCGGCCCCGCCCGGCGCGAGGCGGACAAGCUCACGAAGAUCGAGAAGGAUCUGGAGGAGACGUGAAGGGCACCGUGAUGCAGUCCAUGGACGACCUCCUGAAGCGAGGCGAGUCCCUGGACCAGCUUAUGCAGAAGAGAUCUCUCCAACACCUCCGUGCAGUUCUACCGCACAGCGAAGAAGAACAACCAGUGCUGCAAGCAGUGGUGAUGAUGCCUAG